GAGCACAUCCCCGGGCCGCCGCGGCCCAGUUUCCUUCUAGGACACCUCCCCUGUUUCUGGAAAAAGGACGAGGUUUGUGGCCGCAUGCUCCAAGACGUGUUUUUGGAUUGGGCUAAGAAGUAUGGACCUGUUGUGCGGGUCAACGUCUUUCACAAAACCUCAGUUAUCGUCACGAGCCCCGAGUCAGUCAAGAAGUUCCUGAUGUCAACCAAGUACAACAAGGACUCCAAGAUGUACCGUGCGCUCCAGACUGUGUUCGGUGAGAGACUAUUUGGCCAAGGCUUGGUUUCUGAAUGCAACUACGAGCGUUGGCACAAACAGCGGAGGAUCAUGGACCUGGCCUUCAGCCGAAGCUCCUUGGUUAGCUUGAUGGAAACGUUCAACGAGAAGGCCGAGCAGCUGGUGGAGAUCCUAGAAGCCAAGGCGGAUGGGCAGACCCCGGUGUCCAUGCAGGACAUGCUGACCUGCACUACCAUGGACAUCCUGGCCAAGGCAGCUUUCGGGAUGGAGACCAGCAUGCUGCUGGGUGCCCAGAAGCCUCUGUCCCAGGCAGUGAAACUGAUGUUGGAGGGCAUCACUGCAUCCCGCAACACGCUGGCGAAGUUUAUGCCAGGGAAGAGAAAGCGGCUUCACGAGAUCCGGGAGAGCAUUCGCUUUCUGCGCCAGAUUGGCAAGGACUGGGUCCAGCGCCGCCGGGAGGCCCUGAGGAACGGGGAGGACGUGCCCGCCGACAUCCUCACGCAGAUUCUCAAAGCUGAAGAGGAGGCCCAGGAUGACGAGAUUCUGCUGGACAACUUUGUCACUUUCUUUAUCGCUGGUCACGAGACCUCUGCCAACCACUUGGCGUGCACGGUGAUGGAGCUGUCUCGCCAGCCCGAGAUUGUGGCAAGGCUACAGGCUGAGGUGGACGAGGUCAUCGGUUCUAAGAGGCACCUGACCUGCGAGGACCUGGGGAGACUGCAGUACCUGUCCCAGGUCCUCAAAGAGUCACUGAGGCUGUACCCACCAGCGUGGGGCACCUUCCGCCUGCUGGAGGAGGAGACCUUGAUUGACGGAGUCAGAGUUCCUGGCAACACCCCGCUCUUGUUCAGCACUUAUGUCAUGGGGCGGAUGGACACAUACUUUGAGGACCCGCUGACUUUCAACCCCGAUCGCUUCAGUCCUGACGCACCCAAGCCACGCUUCACCUACUUCCCCUUCUCCCUGGGCCACCGCUCCUGCAUCGGGCAGCAGUUUGCUCAGAUGGAGGUGAAGGUGGUCAUGGCCAAGCUGCUGCAGAGGCUGGAGUUCCGGCUGGUGCCCGGGCAGCGCUUCGGGCUGCAGGAGCAGGCCACGCUCAAGCCGCUGGACCCCGUGCUAUGCACCCUGCGGCCCCGGGGCUGGCAGCCUGCGCCCCCGCCCCCGCCCUGCUGAGGGCCCUCCCAGGGGGACGGCAGGACGAGACUCCUCGGGCCAGGGCUGCGCCCGCCCCGCUCCACUGCCCAAGUCCCAGCCACCACCAUCGUCUCUCCCCCACCUCUGAGCCUUUGCGCAGGCUACUCCCUCAGACGAGUCUCCCUAACUCCUGCACACUCCCUAAAGCCCUCUUCAGGUGUCACCUCCUCCAAGAAGCCCUCCUUGCCACCCCCCGGCCGGGCCGGGGCCCCUCCUCUGUGCUUCCUCAGUCACCUGUGCUACCUCUAACACCACACUGACCACACUGUAUUGUGAGUGUCUGCUGACAUGACCAACUGCCCUGCCAGGCUGUGAGUGCUUCAAGGGCGGGGUCUGCGUGUGAUUUGUCUCUGAACCCCCUGUGCCCACCCAGGGCCUGGCACAGAGUCGACGCUCAAUAAAUGUGUGUUGACUGCAUGAA